UUUUGAACGACAGAGGCAAGUGAUGGCUUGCAGAGGGGGAAAAUCUCAUCGGAGUCAAAUCAGGACGGCCCAAAUAGUAUGGUGUGAUUUGUUAUCCAAUUUUUCUCCUCUGUAAUCUCUUGCUGAUUUAAUACCUAGAACUACAACACCUAGAAGCCCUCGCGCUUCUUUUACCUCCCCCCCGCCCCGCGCUGUCUCUGCUAUGAUUCCCAAAGGUUUCUGGGAACGGCAGACUGAUACUCAAGGAAGGACUACGAAUCCCAGCAAGCAGUUCGAGACACGAAGGCGCGGAAGGAGGAGGAGUUCGGAGCCGUCGGCCCGGCAGAGCCAGCUGUCACAGGAGAUUACUGAGAAGACAGUAUUUGAGUGAAGAUUGAAGGAAUCAAGUGAGCAAGGAUAGCAAGUACCUGAGGAAGAGCAUCCAGGCAGAGACCAGCAGGCAGUACCUGGUGGAGGUGGCCAUGGGGAAGCAUUACUUCUGUGACUACUGCAACCGCUCCUUCCAGGACAACCUCCACAACCGCAAGAAGCACCUGAAUGGGCUACAGCACCUCAAGGCCAAGAAGGUCUGGUAUGACAUGUUUCGAGAUGCAGCUGCCAUCUUACUAGAUGAACAGAACAAGCGGCCAUGUAGGAAGUUUCUGCUGACAGGCCAGUGUGACUUUGGCUCCAACUGCAGAUUUUCCCACAUGUCAGAGAGGGACCUGCAGGAGCUGAGCAUCCAGGUGGAGGAGGAGAGGCGGGCCAGGGAGUGGCCACUAGAUGUCGUUGAGCUCCCUGAGGGCCAUCUGGAAGACUGGUUGGAAAAGAGAGCCAAGCGGCUGAGCUCAGCCCCAAGCAGCAGAGGGCUGACCACUGGAUCCGAGCCUGCUGGAGCCGCCAGGGCAUCACCUCCACUGAAUCCACAUCCCCAGUUGUGGACUGGGGGCAAUGUCUGGAGCCCACGUCUAUGUUGCCUGUUAGCCCCUAAUCCCCUGAUCCCAGGCUCUGUCACUUGGGCAUAUGACUGCCUCUGUGUAACUCAUUUGCCUCAUCAAUAAAAUGGGAUUCACAUGAGGAUGCUUGAGGUUUCUCUAGCCAUUGGUGUCUGGCCCAGAGUAGUGCCUAGUCAGUAAGAGCACCCAGCAUUACUCUUUGUCACCAGCAGACAUUCACUUAGUGGCUUUCCUGUGCCAGGCCUGGCUCCCGGCACUUGGGGGGUGGGGGGGACAGAUGGAGCCUACCCCUACCCCUUGGUCUCUUCCAUUUGAGAGCUCCAGUCCCGUAGGGGAGGCUUGAGCUCCAAGGUGAGUUCAAAGUGCUCCAUAGCCCGAGAGGGGCAGUGCAGCCCUGGGGUAGCAGACUGAGUGGGAAUUGGGUCCAGAAGCAUUGGAAUGUGGGACCAUUUGGUGGAGGGAAGAGUGGCCCCCAGCUGGGCACUCAGGGUGGAUGCUUCAGAUGGGCCCCGGGUUCCCAGGUGGCAACUCCAGGGUGGUGGACCUUAAGGGGAAGGAGAGUUGAGUAGCAUGAGAAAUGAGGCUUUUAAAAAAAAUUUUAGACAAGUAUUUUUUUCUGAUUUCAAAAGCUUGCGUGCUUGUAAAACUUUUCUUGAAAAGUAUAAAGAAGUAAAAAAAUCACCCAUAACUACACCACACAGAUAGAACCACUGUUAACAUUUUGCUGUGUCU